UGAUGUAACAUAGCAGACCAACUGAUGGACAUGUCUAUGGCUGUUGUGUUUCUGUGUAUUCUUCUUAUAGGGACGCUGUCAGGGCUCAUUUUACCGAUGACCCAACCUGAUGGCACCGCUGAUAUUUCCAGCAUUAUAAACCAUGUUUCUUCACUUGAACAGACUGUGGCUGAUCUGCAGAAAACAACUGGACAGUUGAAAACAGAUUUGCAGACCAGUAGGUCACUACACCAGUCAGCAAAUAAGGAAAUUGCCUCUCUCAAAGAUGAAGUUGCAUCCUUAAAAGUAGACCUCCGGUUGUCGACAGACGAACUGAACUUUGUGAAGGCGGAAAUUGUGAAUCAGGGUAAGGGUGAUUUGCAGCUGAAUCAAAAUAAUUUGAAUUCUACCACUCUUGAUAUGGCAUCCGACAGCGCACAAGUAAACAGUGUGCAAUCAGAUGUCAAGAUGUUGAGAGAUCAACUAGAUCUUUUGAACACUACCGUGUAUGAUGUAAAGAGCGUAACAGAUGGAUUCAUUCAAAGGACGUCUCCAAUUUUCCAGUUAAUUGCACAAAGUCAGUUAAUCGAAAAUAUGAAAUCUGCAAAUCUUCUCGCCCAAAAUACGUCAAAGCAGCUAGCACAGUUUGAAAAAGCCAUCAAGGCAACUACAGGAGACAUGCUGAAUGUGUCACGUGAUCUACAUUUGAUGAAUGCAGAUCUACAAAGUACGAAGCAUAGUCUCAGUCUGACACGAUCAGACGUUACAGAUUUGAAAACUGACAUUGCUGUUGGAAAGAAUCAAUCUCUUGACAAUAAGCACUCAUUGUCGCUUAUGUCACAGUCGAUGCAGUCUUUAAUGGGAGAUCUGAACACAACUGCAGGAAACAUACUGAAUGUCACACAAGAUUUACAGUCGGUCAAUGCAGAUCUACAAAGUGCGAAGCAAAAUCUCAGUCUAACAAGCUCCGAAGUGACGGCUUUGCAAACGGACAUGGAAAAAGAAAAGAAUCUAUCUCGAGGCAAUAAGCACUCCCUGUCGCUUAUGUCACAGUCGAUGCAGUCUUUGAUGGGAGAUCUGAACACAAAUGUAGGAAACAUACUGAAUGUCACAAACGGUUUACAGUCGGUCAAUGCAGAUCUACAAAGUGCGAAGCAAAACCUCAGUCUAACAAGCUCCGAAGUCACGACUUUGCAAACAGACAUGGAAAAAGAAAAGAAUCAAUCGCUUGGCAACAAACAGUCCCUGUCGCUUAUGUCACAGUCGAUGCAGUCUUUAAUGGGUGAUCUGAACACAACUGCAGGAAACAUACUGAAUGUCACACACGGUUUACAGUCGGUCAAUGCAGAUCUACAAAGUGCAAAGCAAAAUCUCAGUCUAACAAGCUCAGAAGUCACUUCUUUGAAAGCUGAUAUGGAGAGAGAAAAGAAUCAAUCUCGAGGCAACAAACAGUCCCUGUCGCUUAUGUCACAGUCGAUGCAGUCUUUAAUGGGAGAUCUGAACACAACUGCAGGAAACAUACUGAAUGUCACACAAGAUUUACAGUCGGUCAAUGCAGAUCUACAAAGUGCAAAGCAAAAUCUCAGUCUAACAAGCUCCGAAGUGACGGCUUUGCAAACGGACAUGGAAAAAGAAAAGAAUCUAUCUCGAGGCAAUAAGCACUCCCUGUCGCUUAUGUCACAGUCGAUGCAGUCUUUGAUGGUAGAUCUGAACACAACUGCAGGAAACAUACUGAAUGUCACAAACGGUUUACAGUCGGUCAAUGCAGAUCUACAAAGUGCGAAGCAAAACCUCAGUCUAACAAGCUCCGAAGUCACGACUUUGCAAACAGACAUGGAAAAAGGAAAGAAUCAAUCGCUUGGCAACAAACAGUCCCUGUCGCUUAUGUCACAGUCGAUGCAGUCUUUAAUGGGUGAUCUGAACACAACUGCAGGAAACAUACUGAAUGUCACACACGGUUUACAGUCGGUCAAUGCAGAUCUACAAAGUGCGAAGCAAAACCUCAGUCUAACAAGCUCAGAAGUCACGACUUUGCAAACGGACAUGGAAAAAGAAAAGAAUCUAUCUCGAGGCAACAAACAGUCACUGUCACUUAUGUCACAGUCGAUGCAGUCUUUAAUGGGAGAUCUGAACACAACUGCAGGAAACAUACUGAAUGUCACACAAGAUUUACAGUCGGUCAAUGCAGAUCUACAAAGUGCAAAGCAAAAUCUCAGUCUAACAAGCUCCGAAGUGACGGCUUUGCAAACGGACAUGGAAAAAGAAAAGAAUCUAUCUCGAGGCAAUAAGCACUCAUUGUCGCUUAUGUCACAGUCGAUGCAGUCUUUGAUGGGAGAUCUGAACACAAAUGCAGGACACAUACUGAAUGUCACAAACGGUUUACAGUCGGUCAAUGCAGAUCUACAAAGUGCGAAGCAAAACCUCAGUCUAACAAGCUCCGAAGUCACGGCUUUGCAAACGGACAUGGAAAAAGAAAAGAAUCAAUCGCUUGGCAACAAACAGUCCCUGUCGCUUAUGUCACAGUCGAUGCAGUCUUUGAUGGGAGAUCUGAACACAACUGCAGGAAACAUACUGAAUGUCACACACGGUUUACAAUCGGUCAAUGCAGAUCUAAAAAGUGCGAAGCAAAAUCUCAGUCUAACAAGCUCAGAAGUCACUUCUUUGAAAGCUGAUAUGGAGAGAGAAAAGAAUCAAUCUCGAGGCAACAAACAGUCCCUGUCGCUUAUGUCACAGUCGAUGCAGUCUUUAAUGGGAGAUCUGAACACAAAUGCAGGAAACAUACUGAAUGUCACACAAGAUUUACAGUCGGUCAAUGCAGAUCUACAAAGUGCAAAGCAAAACCUCAGUCUAACAAGCUCCGAAGUGACGGCUUUGCAAACGGACAUGGAAAAAGAAAAGAAUCUAUCUCGAGGCAAUAAGCACUCCCUGUCGCUUAUGUCACAGUCGAUGCAGUCUUUGAUGGUAGAUCUGAACACAACUGAAGGAAACAUACUGAAUGUCACAAACGGUUUACAGUCGGUCAAUGCAGAUCUACAAAGUGCGAAGCAAGACCUCAGUCUAACAAGCUCAGAAGUCACGACUUUGCAAACGGACAUGAAAAAAGAAAAGAAUCAAUCUCGAGGCAACAAACAGUCCCUGUCGCUUAUGUCACAGUCGAUGCAGUCUUUAAUGGGAGAUCUGAACACAACUGCAGGAAACAUACUGAAUGUCACACACGGUUUACAAUCGGUCAAUGCAGAUCUACAAAGUGCGAAGCAAAAUCUCAGUCUAACAAGCUCAGAAGUCACUUCUUUGAAAGCUGAUAUGGAGAGAGAAAAGAAUCUAUCUCGAGGCAACAAACAGUCCCUGUCGCUUAUGUCACAGUCGAUGCAGUCUUUAAUGGGAGAUCUGAACACAACUGCAGGAAACAUACUGAAUGUCACACACGAUUUACAGUCGGUCAAUGCAGAUCUACAAAGUGCAAAGGAAAACCUCAGUCUAACAAGCUCCGAAGUGACGGCUUUGCAAACGGACAUGGAAAAAGAAAAGAAUCUAUCUCGAGGCAAUAAGCACUCCCUGUCGUUUAUGUCACAGUCGAUGCAGUCUUUGAUGGGAGUUCUGAACACAAAUGCAGGAAACAUACUGAAUGUCACAAACGGUUUACAGUCGGUCAAUGCAGAUCUACAAAGUGCGAAGCAAAACCUCAGUCUAACAAGCUCCGAAGUCACGACUUUGCAAACGGACAUGGAAAAAGAAAAGAAUCAAUCGCUUGGCAACAAACAGUCCCUGUCGCUUAUGUCACAGUCGAUGCAGUCUUUGAUGGGAGAUCUGAACACAAAUGCAGGAAACAUACUGAAUGUCACACACGGUUUACAGUCGGUCAAUGCAGAUCUACAAAGUGCGAAGCAAGACCUCAGUCUAACAAGCUCCGAAGUGACAGCUUUGCAAACGGACAUGGAAAAAGAAAAGAAUCUAUCUCGAGGCAAUAAGCACUCAUUGUCGCUUAUGUCACAGUCGAUGCAGUCUUUAAUGGGAGAUCUGAACACAACUGCAGGAAACAUACUGAAUGUCACACAAGAUUUACAGUCGGUCAAUGCAGAUCUACAAAGUGCGAAGCAAAAUUUCAGUCUAACAAGCUCCGAAGUCACGACUUUGCAAACGGACAUGGAAAAAGAAAAGAAUCAAUCUCUUGGCAACAAACAGGCCCUGUCGCUUAUGUCACAGUCGAUGCAGUCUUUAAUGGGAGAUCUGAACACAACUGAAGGAAACAUACUGAAUGUCACACACGGUUUACAGUCGGUCAAUGCAGAUCUACAAAGUGCGAAGCAAAAUCUCAGUCUAACAAGCUCCGAAGUCACGGCUUUGAAAGAUGACGUGGAGAAAGAAAAGCAUGCAUCUCGGGACAAUAAGCAGUCGUUAGCACAGAGUAUGCAGAAGAUGAAGUCAGUCAUGGGAGACCUGCAUGCGACACAAGACAAGCUCAAUUUGACAAGCUCGGAAGUCACAAACUUGAAAAGAAAUUUGUCUACUGUGGAAGGACAGAUCUCAAACCUUCGUCAAGGAAAUGAUACACCACCUAUUGCAUUCAACGUGUAUGACCCCGCAAACCAGGUUCCUGGAAAACCCCUGAUGUUUACCGAACAUCACUACAAUGCUGGCUUGUGCUACAACAGUAGUACCGGGAGGUUCACUGCACCGGUUUCUGGAACCUACAUGUUCUGGACACAGCUUGUACUGACUGACUCCAACUCUACAACGUAUGUCUAUAUCAUGAAGAAUGACGGAUGGAUGGCGAUGGACACAGAUAUCAAGGACUACCAUGCUUCAGUUAUGGUUGUUGAUCAUGUAGACAAGGGCAGUGAUGUGUGGGUGGAGGCGUCAAGUUCCCACAAUAUCACUUUGAGAUUUGCGUCUUCACACUUUGGUGGAGUGUUAUUGUCAAAGGACUAAUAUUAAUGAGAACAUGUAUUACACUGAGUAAAGUAUGUUAUUUUA